GGUGUUUUUUACUUUUCUUUCUUCUUUGCUUCUUGCGUCGUUUUUGCCUUUUUUUUUUCUUUCUUUUUCUUUGUCCUUCCUUUUGGGUUCUCAACUUUUUUCGUUGUCUUUUGUUACUUGCUUCUUUUCUUCACUAAAAAAAAAAAGAUACCCCUCCUCUGCUCCUCUCUGUCUCGCCAUCCGUAACACAAGAUGGGCAAGUCAAAGGACAAGCCCCAGAAUGUGAGCGAUCUCACUCUACUUCAACCACCCACCGAAGACAAUAUCACCGCCACUCUCAAGUUAAGAUUCCAAAAUGACAUAAUCUACACCAGCAUCAAUGACUCGGUUCUCGUGGUCGUGAAUCCUUGCAAGGAAAUGUCGCAAUCACAAGAAUCACUCCAAUAUGUCGCGGAAUACAAGGAUACAUCAGCAAGAGAUAUCGAACCGGUGGUGCCUCACGUAUUUCGACUGAUAAAUCAAGCUUACCUACACAUGCGUCGCACGGGUAUCGAUCAAUCUAUCAUUCUCAGUGGUGAAACGGGAAGUGGUAAAAGUGAAAAUUGCAAAUUAGUGUUGCAGCAUUUGGUGGCUCUGAGUAGUCAGAAAAAGGAGUCCAAGUUGCAAACGCAGAUUUUGAAUGCACAAGUGGUUCUGGAAGCGUUUGGUCACGCAAGCACAACAAUGAAUCCAAAUGCUUCGCGAUUCGGGAAAUACAUCGAAGUCCAGUUCAACGAACGCGGACGCAUGAUUGGCGCCAAAACACUCAACUAUUUGUUGGAAAAGAAGCGAGUCGUUCGCUCGCCUCCCGGUGAACAGAAUUUCCAUGUAUUUUACUAUCUUCUUGCGGGCGCCACACCGGAAGAAAAAUCCGUACUCCGCCUCGACGACGCCACGCCUUUUGCCAAUCUGUCUCGGCCUCACGGAGCCGUCAAUAUCGCCGACGAAGAAAAGUUUCAAUCGCUCAAACUGGCUCUCAGAUCGCUCGGUUUGGGAAAACGGUAUCAGGCCCGUAUCAUGCAACUGCUCGCCUGUUUGCUGCAUCUCGGUAACCUCCACUUUGUCGAUGACACCACCAUUCAGGAAGCCGCCUUUGUAAAGAAUGUCGAUAUUUUGGAACUCGUCGCGGACUUUUUGGGCGUCGAUCCUCGUGCACUGGAAAAUGUCCUCACUUACAAGACCCAGAUGAUCAAGAAAGACGUUACUACCCUGAUUCUCAAUGCUGAACAAGCCGCACUUCAACGGGAUCAGUUCAUCGUCGCUUUGUACUCGCUACUCUUUACCUGGAUCGUCGAACACAUUAACACCAAGCUCUGCAAUGACAAUAUUCACAACUUUAUUGGUAUCCUCGAUAUGCCCGGUCCCCACACUUACUACAGUCAGGCUUCCUUUGAUCAGUUCUGCGUCAAUUUUGCCAAUGAGCGCAUUCAUAAUUAUAUGCUCAAGCAACUUUUCGAAACCGAUGUGUCGGAUCACCGCUUCGAAGGUCUAGAACCCAAAGACGUGCCCUAUUUUAAUAACUCAGCCUGCAUCGAUCUGUUCACCCGACCCAAACACGGUCUCCUGGACAUCGCCAAUCACUACAGCCGGUCGUCGUCGCGAGGCAAAGACAGCAACCUUCUCGAUGCAUUUGCAAAGUACAACAGCACCCAUGACUCGUUUGCCUUGAAAACCACCGAAGGAGGGGCCCAUCGAUUCGCUAUUCAGCAUUUUGCAGGCCAGGUCGUGUAUGAUCCGGAAGGAUUUGUGGAAAACAAUCGGGACAUUCUCAGUGCCGACUUUGUUUCGCUGAUCCGCGGUAGUGGCGGUCUGCCUGAAUCGUACAACUCCUUCAUGCUCGAACUGUUCACCGGCAAAGGCAUUCACACCGAAUCGCAUCCCAAGGAAACAGAGGCCAUCAUGAAUGCUCAACAGGUGAAUAAGCCCAUUCGUGCCCCCUCUAUGCGCCGAUCGAAAUCCAAACGACGCAAUAAAAAUGCCGCCGUCCCAGACGAUUCGCCUCCGGAAUUGCCCAAAGAGGAGACCAAAGACGAUCAGAAAGUGUCCAUGGCCUUGGCUCAACUUCAAUCGUCGCUGGAUGAACUUAUCGCCACGCUAGAUGAAACCACUCCUUGGUUCGUCUUUUGCUUACGCUCCAACGACUCUCACGCUCCCAAUAUGUUUGACCCGCAACGGGUCCGUGCCCAAGUUCGCGCUCUAGGUCUUACUCAACUCGCCGAACGGUUGCAGAUGAGUUUCACCACUGCCUUUUACCACGAUGAAUUCUGUGAACGGUACGCACAAACCUUGAUGGCCGUCGGUGUAGAACAAGACCGAUUACCCCGCGCCCAAUGUGAAGCGGCCGCUGCCAUCUUUGGAUGGUUAGGUACCCAAGCCGCCAUCGGUACAAGCAAGAUCUUUUUGAAUGAGAGUGCUUGGCGUCAUUUGGAAGACGGGUUACGUACGGUCGAAAAGGAGGAACAGAGAAAGCUAAAGGAAGAAAAACGAGUGGAGGGCAACAUGGCAAGUUUGGCUCCCGCAGGAAUGGCCAUGGGCAUGGGCAUGGGCAUGACGCGUGAACAGAGUGCCGAUGCUCUAUCGUCCGUUUCAUUCGAAUCCGGAGCUGGUUUACUUCCGACGGCUCAAUCUGAACAUUCGAUGGGCGAUCGACGGAACAUGGCGGCAGCCAGUGCGGCUGCGGCGGGUUUGCCACUUCCGCAAACCAUGGCCCACGGCGGUGGUUCCGUGUACUCGGAUGACCAGCGUUCUUUCAUGUCGGACGACGACUAUUAUCAGGACCCACCUUAUCACAGUUAUCAAGACAACGAUUCACAUUACGGCUCCGAAGCAUUUACCGCCAGUCAGUCAGGUACCAUGGAAAUGAAAAAGAUGUUACCGGGCAACGUCGAAGUGGAAGAGCCACCGGAGGAGGAACCCUUGUCGGCAACACGCAAACAUUGGCUGAGGUUUGUUUGGGUCAUGACCUGGUGGAUUCCCUCCAAAUUCCUGUUGAUGUGUGGCAAGAUGAAACGUCCUGAUAUCCAAUUGGCGUGGCGUGAAAAAGUGGCGCUUUGUAUGAUUAUUUUCUUUAUUUCCGGUUGCAUGAUUCUUUUCCUGGUCGGCUUCGGACCGCUGGUGUGUCCUCAUCAAGACGUCUUUUCCAAUUCCGAACUACAAGCUCACAGUGACGACGAUAACGCCUACGUGGCCAUUCGCGGUGAAGUAUUUGAUUUGACCAAAUUCGCGCCUCAUCAUUGGGCGAGCGAAGUCAUUCCCGGUAGUGCCGUACUGUCGUACGGUGGAACGGAUGCCACCGACCUUUUCCCCGUCCAGGUGUCGGCCUUGUGUGAAGGUGUGACAGGCGAAGUGUCGCCUAUGGUCUCGCUUGAUUUCCACAUCAAUUUGACCGACAGCAACGCUCAGUACCACGAUUUCCGUUACAGCAGUGGCGAUUACCGACCGGAUUGGUAUUACGAGAAAAUGGUCUAUCUUCGCAAAAACUAUAAACUCGGCACCAUGGGCUUUGCUCGAAACGAUGUGUACAAGCAAGCGACAAGUGCGGUCGAUAUUGGCGGUAUGAAAUCCACGCGCAAAUGGGCCAUUCUGAAUCACAAUGUCUAUGAUCUUACCUAUUAUCUGAUGGGCGGUCGUCGUGCCGUGGCUCCCGAAGGUGAAACGGCUCCGGGCGAUGUCAAUGUCGAUUUCAUGUCAGAUGCCGUCGUGAAUCUUUUCCGCACCCAAUCUGGCAACGAUAUCACCGAUUACUGGAAUGCCUUGGAUCUGGACCCGGUCGUGAAACAACGCCAGGAAGUGUGUUUGCGCAACUUAUUCUACGUCGGCGCCGUUGAUGAACGUAAUUCGCCAAAGUGUGUCUUUGCCGAAUAUCUGUUGCUCAUUGUCACCGUGUUCCUGUGUUCCGUCAUUGUGUUCAAAUUCUUGGCUGCGCUUCAGUUCGGCACACGUCGCGACCCCGAAAAUCACGACAAAUUCAUCAUCUGUCAGGUCCCUUGUUACACUGAAGACGAAGAGUCGCUGAAAAAGACCAUCGAUUCCAUCGCUUCAUUAAAGUAUGACGACAAGCGUAAACUUCUCUUUAUCAUUUGCGACGGUAUGAUUAUCGGUGGUGGCAACGAUCGUCCUACGCCGCGUAUCGUGUUGGAUAUCUUGGGUGUCGAUCCCAAUGUCGACCCCGAAGCGUUGUCGUUCUUCUCGAUCGGUGAAGGUGCCAAGCAGCAUAACAUGGGCAAAGUGUAUUCGGGUCUGUACGAGAUCCACGGUCAUGUGGUGCCGUACAUUGUCGUGGUCAAAGUGGGUAAACCCAGCGAACGUCAAAAACCGGGCAAUCGAGGCAAACGUGACUCGCAGUUGAUCUUGAUGCGCUUCCUGAACAAGGUGCAUUUCAAUUCUCCCAUGGCGCCCAUGGAACUGGAAGUGUAUCAUCAGAUCAAGAACGUCAUUGGCGUGAAUCCCAGUUUCUAUGAAUUCGUUCUCAUGGUGGAUGCCGAUACCGAAGUAAUGCCGGAUGGUCUGAAUCGCAUGGUGUCGACCUUGGUUCACGACAGUAAAAUUAUUGGUCUGUGUGGUGAAACGGUGCUGUCCAACGAAAAAGACACCUGGGUGACGAUGAUCCAGGUGUAUGAAUACUUCAUUUCCCAUUAUCUGAUCAAGGCCUUCGAAUCGCUGUUUGGCUCCGUCACUUGUUUGCCCGGAUGUUUCUGUAUCUACCGUGUACGCUCGCCUCAAAAGAACCAACCACUGCUGAUCUCCAAUCAGGUCAUCGAUGAUUAUCAGAUCAAUCGCGUCGAUACACUGCACAAGAAGAAUUUGCUUCAUUUGGGUGAAGAUCGUUACUUGACAACCCUGAUUUUGAAACAUUUCCCUACCUACAAGACGAAAUUCAUUGCCGAUGCCAAAUGUGCGACCAACGCCCCUGAUCGUUGGAGUGUGUUGUUAUCGCAGCGCCGUCGAUGGAUCAACUCUACAAUUCACAACUUGGGUGAACUGGUCUUCUUACCUCAACUAUGUGGUUUCUGCUGUUUCUCGAUGCGAUUUGUUGUCAUGCUGGAUCUCCUCAGUACCUUGGUACAACCGGCUAUUGUGGGCUAUCUCGUUUACCUGAUCUAUACGUUGGCAACGUCGACGAGCGGCGUGCCGUUCAUGUCGAUUAUUACGAUUGCCGGUGUGUAUGGUUUGCAAAUGAUCAUUUUCUUGUUGCAUCGCAAGUGGGAACAUAUUAUCUGGAUGAUUGUUUCCAUCUUUGCCAUUCCCGUGUUCUCGCUUUACAUUCCCGUGUAUGCGUACUGGCAUUUCGACGAUUUCUCUUGGGGUAACACUCGUGUGGUGUUGGGCGACAAGGGCAAGAAAUUGGUGAUGGCCGACGAAGGCAAGUUUGAUCCGAAAUCCAUUCCGACCAUGACCUGGGAAGAAUACGAAGAAGGAUUGUACAACGAAGACUGGAACGAUAAUGCAUCACAGGGAUCGCGCGGUACGGCACGAUCCGGCUACAGCCAUGGCAGUUACUACUCUUACGGUAGUUACCGCAGUCGACAACCUACCCCGGGUCCUGGACAAUACAUGCCUCCAAGCAACAUGUCGUACAUUGCGCCCACUGUGCAAUCCUACAUACCAAGCAACCAAUCGUUUAUUAUGCCAUCCAAUCAAUCCUUCAUCAGUCCUGGCACACCCUCCUACAUAGCUCCCAUGGGACAACAGUCCUAUAUGGCCCCGCCAGGCGGUCAGUACCGAUCGCCAUCCCCACUUCAUCAACGGUAUAACGAAUAGAUUGUGUGCAACUCUUUUUUUUUCUUUCUUUCUUAGUAUAUACAUAUACAAACCAGCAUCAUUAUGUUUUUUUUCUCUCUUUUUCUUGGUCAAAUUGUCAUUGUUUUACUGCCUUGAUCUCUCUCUGCUAGCUACUGUUAUUGUUUUUUUAUUCCGUUUCUUUUUUGUUUCGCUUUGCAAGGCAUUAAAACUGUUUUUUUUUUCUUAUUAAAUUCAUUCACCUU